AAUUGUCCUUUUUUUUAUAAAAAAAAAAAAAAAAAAAAAAAAUUUCUGGGCAUCUUAAAAAGCUAAGAAAGCUGCUUUGUUUGAACACCAAAAUCUAAUUUCCAGGGACUUUCCUGUUUCUAUCUUCAUUUCUCAGCAAGAUGCGAACUGAUGGCCGAGUCAUCUUCUUCACAAGACUUCUUGUUGGCUCUCUGGUGGCAAUCGUUGCCGCCGCCGCUGUGAAAUCUCGCUGUCGCCGGGGAAAAUAUUCGAAAAUGUCGAUGAAGAACCUGAUGCCGGUGCUUGACAGGACGGAAUCUGGGCGCGAUGGGAACCUUGAGAAAUUUUCCCAUUAUGUUGCUAGGCAAAUGGGGUUUGGGGAUGCAAAUGAAUGUCCCCAGCUGUGCAAAUUAGCUUAUGAUUACUUGAAGAAAUCAGAAGGGUAUGAUGAAAUGAUAUUUGAGUAUUUGGCAAAGGAAGCAGAUGCAGAAUCUUUGUAUGUGAAGCUUAUGGGAGAAUUUGAGAGUUGCAUCUUGAGUUACUUCGCGUUUCACUGGACUCAAGCUUCUCAUAUGAUCACUCAGGUUUUGAGUGUUGAAUCGGAGAAGAAAAAGAAGCUCAAGGACAUGAUCAUGGCGGCUACCAGGAAACAGAGAUUCGAGAAGGUGAGCAAUGACUUGAAAGUUACAAGGGUAUUUUCGACACUAGUGGAGGAGAUGAAAGCCAUUGGUCGCGACGGCGAAGGAAAUUGCACCGAUGUCAUGAUGCCGGUGGCUCAUAGUCAGAGAAGUCCCGUUUUGCUCCUCAUGGGCGGCGGCAUGGGCGCUGGCAAGAGCACUGUUCUCAAGGACAUCCUCAAUGAGCCAUUCUGGUCAGAAGCAGCUGCAAACGCAGUGGUUGUUGAAGCCGAUGCGUUCAAAGAAACUGAUGUUAUCUACAGAGCUCUUAGCUCUCGCGGUCACCAUAAUGACAUGCUUCAGACUGCUGAACUGGUGCACCAGUCAUCAACAGAUGCAGCAUCGUCACUGCUAGUGACCGCGCUGAAUGAAGGGCGAGAUGUUAUAAUGGAUGGCACUUUAUCAUGGGAACCAUUUGUGGAACAAACCAUUGCCAUGGCUAGAAACAUUCACAAGUGUAGAUACCGUAUGGGGGUUGGCUACAAGGUUGAAGAUGAUGGUACCAUUACUGAAAAUUACUGGGAGCCUAUUCCUCCAGAUGAAGAUGACCAUGAACAAAUACCCAACAGGAAACCAUACAGGAUAGAGAUGGUCGGAGUGAUUUGUGAUACUUACCUUGCAGUAGUUAGAGGCAUCAGACGAGCUAUAAUGGUAAGAAGAGCAGUGAGAGUAAAUUCACAGCUGAAAUCCCACAAGAGAUUUGCAACUGCAUUUCCGAAAUACUGCAAGCUGGUAGACAAUGCAAGACUCUACUGCACCAACGCUGUUCGCGGCCCUCCUAAGGAUGGAGAAAGUAAGCUACUGGUAGAGCCAAAUGAAAUCAAAUGUUUGAAAGAAGUUAGCGAGAUCGAGCCAGAUGCAGAAUCCAUAUACCAGCUGCACAAAGACCCAACUGUUCUAUACCGGCCAGGAUCUGUUUGGAACGACGUCGUUUUGUCUCCUUCCAGGUUCACCAUUCAACGAGAGCUGAGACUAGCCAUUCAAAGAAUUGAAAAAACACUCAUCCAAUGAUAAAGAUUUGGAGGAGGGGAAGGAAAAACCUUGAUAAGUGUGAAUGGUGUGGUGUCUCUGUAAUUUUUAUAUUGAGAUUUGGAGGAAAAAAAUAAAAAUAAUUUUU